CUAUAUCGAAUUGAACAAGCUAUCAUUAUAAAAGAGUCGAAUGAUAAUCUAUCUAACAAUUUACCUGAAUUAUCACUUACAAACAAACUAUCAAAUGUUAACCAAGUUAAUUAUUCUUUACUUGAACUAUCUGAUGAUUCAGAUGAAGAAGAAAAUAAUAUGUCAAAUGAA